AUGCGCGGCCUUGUUAUCACUGUCAUCGCUGGCACCUAUUUCUUCGCACAUGCCACGUCACUGGAUGACACUGACCAAGCAAUCACUGCUUUUAACAUGAGCGCUUCACUGCAUCUUGGCGAGCUCGCGCACAAUCAGUUGGGACGUUUACAGCCCUACGGCUCGGCUGUGAAUGUCAGUACGAACGUCUCGACGUACGCGUCCGGAGAGAGAUUGUUCGACCAUAUAGACCAGACGAACGAAGAGCGACUGGAGCUCCCGUGGCAUUCGAUGCCAAGUUGGAUUAUUGAGUGUGGUAUGAGGAUUUGGCUUCGUUUUAAAACAAGUCCUAGUGUCGCUUUCGAGCGCCUCGGCCUCGCGGAAAGACGGAUCAAGCCUCGGAUCUUCGCCUUCUGGAUGAAGUAUUUUGCCUGGUAUGAACGUCUGGACUCUACGUUCGACUAUCCAAUGGCAGCGGACAUGCUGGUGCGUAGUGGCGGAAACAUAGAUGAGGUGGUGGCGAUACUCAUGUCGUUUUUCCAAGACGGUCGCAUCAAAGAAAAGGCCAAACUAUUGCACAACGCGUUGGCCAAACGUCUCGAAGCCGCUACGGACGACGUUAUGCAGAAUGCGUGGCAAAGGUCCAAAUCAAGCCCUCGGGUUGUAUUUCAGAUUCUCGGAUUGGAUCGUGCAAACGCGCUUACUGAAAAGCAGGGGUCUGUAAUUCAGUGGCUCAAGUACACUGAGAUGUUGAGUAGAUUGGAUGAUCCGCUCAAAAUGUCAGAUGAGCAUGUGGCGCAGAUGUUGAUUGCAAAGGGAAAACCGAGUCCUCAAGGCAUCCCCGAACUCAUCAGCGCGGUUGACCAACUAGCUCGCCUCCGCUACCUCGUUGGACCGCUUCAAACUGCUAGCUACACUCGCACGAAGACAUAUGCAGACCACAUUGAGGCUGCGCAGCGUAUACUUGAAAGAUUUCAAGAAACCGGUCAGUUGCGAGGAUAA